AUGCGACAAGCGAGAGCUGUGGAUAUAUCCCCCGUCAUUGCUGCGCGGCAAAGAUCCGACCGCCAGGCUGGAAGUGCCUCUCGACAGCUCUUCCCUCCACUACCCGAGUCCUCACCUUCGUACCGCGAUCUCGGCAUGAUCUGUGUUGAGUGUUCGCACUGCAAAGCUCUGCAUUUCGUCCAGGAACGCAUCGGGAGCAGCUCUGCCGCAAGGCCCAUUUUUUCCACAUGCUGUGGGAAGGGGAAGCUGUCAUUGCCGCUUCUCCCCGACCCGCCAGCUCUUCUGCGCUCUCUUCUCAUCGAUGAUACUCCAAGGGCCUGCAGCUUCCGUAAGAACAUUCGAGCAUACAAUGUAGCGCUAUCGAUGGCAUCCGUGGUCGCCAAAUGGGUGAACAGAGGUCCCGGUCCUUCUAAUUUUAAUCCCACAAUGACGAUGCAGGGCGGGAUGUACCAUUACAUGGGUCCCAUGAUGCCAUCCGAAGGGCGGGCGCCUUCCUAUGCUUCCGUUUACAUUCAUGACACUGACUACGCCACCCAGACGCGCACAAGGCUUGGAACCUCUAGACAACUGGAAGAGGCACUGAUGAUGCAACUGACACACAUGCUGCACGAAUGCAACCCCUACGUGCAGACGUUUCUGUGUAUGCGAGAAUGGGCUCAAUCUCCUCAAAACAACUGGACUCUGGACAGUAACGGGAACGAAGUGCUGGAUCCGAUUUCAGUCAGUCAUCGCGCAUACGAUCCAUUGAGUUACGUGCUUUUGUUCCCAAACGGUAGAGAUGGAUGGUAUCCAGAGCUUCGAUUCUCCAGUGUUCAAGACGGCAGACGUACCAAGAUUACUCCGAUGAUGUACUACGGAUGGCAUUUGUUCGAAAGAUCAGGCGAGUUCAGCACAAUCUUGCACGCAGCACCACUCUUUCAGCAAUACUUAGUUGACCAGUUCUGCAAAGUGGAGGCAGAAAGGCUUUCUUAUCUCCGCCACAACCAGACACAACUUCGAGCCGCCGACUACACCUCACUGCGCGACAGCCUAGGAGACUCCCGUCGUGCUGAAGAUGAAACCGAUGCCGUGCGUGCGGGACGACUGUUCAUUCUCCCUUCCACGUACAUUGGAGGUGACCGCUAUAUGAGGCAGCAGAUGCACGACAUCAUUGCUAUAUCGAACCAAAUUGGCCACCCGGACAUCUUCCUCACCAUGACAUGCAAUCCAAGCUGGCCGGAGAUCACAAGAGCCCUACUGCCGAACCAAACGCCUCAGGACAGACCGGAUCUGUGCGCACGUGUGUUUCGUCUCAAAAUGAAAGAUCUCAUGUCCUUGGUCAUCAACGAAGAAGUAUUCGGAACCGUUGUUGCCCAUGUACGAGUCAUCGAGUUUCAGAAACGCGGUCUUCCCCACGCUCACGUUGUAUUUUUCCUAGAUGAAGUCUCCAAGAAUGAUCUGCGUACUCCCGAAAAUGUCGACCGCAUUAUCUCUGCCGAGAUCCCGUCUGCCCAAGAUCCAGAACUCGAAGAGGUCGUGCUCAAGCAUAUGAUUCACAAUCCAUGUGGAGAACACAAUCCAACAGCCGUGUGCAUGGGCGAGCGGUACUGCAGGAAAGGGUUUCCAAAAUCGUUCAAACACGAAACCAGCCAGUCCGACAGUGAGUACUACAUCACGUACCGAAAAAGGGCACCCUCUGCAGGUGGCGUCUUCAUCGAGCGACCCUCCCACAACUCCUGGGUCGUUCCUCACAGUCCUGUGCUUCUACGUUCAUUCGCUUGCCAUUUGAAUGUUGAACUCUGCGUGUCACGCGUUGGCGGAAUCAAGUACCUCUUCAAAUACGUUUCGGCAUCGGAGGCCGCAUGGAGGUUAUUCUCCUUUGACAUUGUAGACCGCAAUCCUCCAGUAGUCAGGCUUGCAGUGCAUCUGCCCAACCACCACACGGUUUACUUUGAGGAAGGGCGAGAGCAGGAGGCGGCGCUUCGACCAGCAACAGGCACGAAGCUGACCGAGUGGUUUAAAGCCAACGAGAAGUACCCAAGCGCGCGGCAUAUUCGGUACCACAAGUUUCCAAGGUACUUUACGUGGAAGACACGCACCAAGUCAUGGACCUACGAUUUCAGUGGUACAGGUGCCAACGUAGUCGGUCGAAUCUACACUGUCAGUCCGAGGGAGGGUGAGCGCUACUUUCUUCGCCUCCUCCUCACACAAGUGCCAGGGGCAACAUCCUUCGAGAACUUGCGAAAUAUCGACGGCGAGCAGUGCACCAGCUUCCGACAAGCUUGCUUACGACUCGGUUUGCUGGCCGACGAUGCCAAGUGGAAGCACGCAAUCCGAGAUUCAUUCCGGUCAAGCUUCGUUCCUCUUUCUCAUCUGUUUGCUACGAUUCUGGCACACUGCCAGCCUUCGGACCCUCUCUCGCUGUGGAACGACCACCUGGACAUGUUUCUCACCGAUAUUCGCAAUCAGGUACAGGAGGCUCUGCAGACCGUGCGAUCCGACUGGACGCUCGCAAACUUCGGACUCCCACUGCUCGAUGACAGCCUGCCCGCUUUGGAACAGCAAAACGAGAUCGAGACCCCCGAAGCACGAGCGCAGCAGUGGGAAGGGCGACUACAGACGUCGUUGCCGCUGUUGAACACAAAUCAACGCGUAUCCGUCUCUGCAUUGCUUCAAGGAUCCUUAAGCGCCGUUGCGGGACCUUCUAUGCCGACACGAAGUGGUCGUCUCUUCUUCCUCGAUGCUCCUGGCGGAACAGGCAAAACAUUCGUGCUCAGCGCCAUUCAAGACUUCCUUCGUACGCGCCGUAAGCAGGUCAUCGCUGUCGCUACGUCUGCUGUUGCUGCUGCGCUGCUCGACGGUGGACGCACCGCUCAUUCCGUGUUCAAGAUUCCCAUUCCUGUAUCUGCCGAAAGCACGUGCAGCUUCUCCACAAACUCCGACACAGGCCGUACACUGCAACAAGUCGAUCUCAUCAUAUGGGACGAGAUCGUCAUGUGCCAUCGACAUUGCAUUGAGACUGUCGAUCGCUCCCUUCGAGACUUGAUGCAAACCGACCGGCCCUUCGGAGGAAAGUUCCUCGUGCUCGCUGGAGACUUUAGACAAAUCCUUCCCGUCGUUCCGGGCGGGUCCAGAGCGGACCCUGCAGCAGAUGUGGAGGCUCUCAACUUUCCAGAAUUCCUCCUCAGCGUCGGGGAAGGCAGACUUCAAGGCGAACAGCGCCCGGAAUGGAUCUCACUACCACAGUCCGUUGAGUUCGAGCACACCAUCCGCAAUUUAUGCCUCAAGGUCUUCCAAGGCAUUCGAGACAAUCACGCCGACCCUGCCUGGCUCACCAAGCGCGUUAUUCUCACCACAAAGAACAGGCCGCUCCAGGAAGUCAACGAGGUCAUCGGCAACAUGAUUCCGGGAUCGUAUCGAACGUAUUUGAGCGCAGAAAAGGUCGAGAACGAAGACACCAACGCGCUGAUCUAUCCCACAGAAAUGCUCAACACCUUGACCGCCGGAUCUGCUCUACCAGACCACAAGCUCAAGCUCAAGAAAGGCUUCAUCGUCAUGCUUCUGCGCAAUCUUGAUCCCGCUACCGGUCACGUCAACGGCGCGCGAUAUGUCAUCGAGAACAUGACCAACAACCUGCUCUUUCUACACGUUACCACCGGGUCACACCAAGGCAACAGAUUUUGUCUUCCUCGAAUGCCCUGCGGACCAGGAGACGACAACUUUCCCAUCCCUGGCUUCACCCGAACGCAGUUCCCCAUUCGCACGUGCUUCGCCCCUACAACGAACAAAGCGCAAGGCCAAUCCUUCGGUGGCCGCAUUGGUCUCGACUUACGAGAUCACUGCUUCUCGCACGGUCAACUCUAUGUCGCACUAUCAAGGACUACUCACCCAGGCAACGUCACUGUCCUCACUCGAGAGUCCAAUGAAACCACGCGAAACGUAGUGUACCCCGAGGUCCUUCAGUAG